UGGGAUCUUAGUUCCCAGACCAGGGAUCAAACCUGUGUUCUCUGCAUUGGCAGGCAGAUUCUUAACCACUGGACCACCAGGCAAGUCCCGGGACUUCAUGUAUACAGUAGUCUUUUUGCUUCUUUGUGCAGGUUUUUCUCCCUUUUCUUAAACUUGAGUCUUCCUUCCCAGGUAUCCCUUUUCCUCUUUCCCAGACUGUCUCCAUAGUGACCCUUUCCCUCAGCCAGCCUUCGACCUUCUAUUUCUCCCACCUUGUAAGCAUGGCUAGGCCCUCCAUGCCCAUCCCAGGUGAGAGUGGCCCAGGGGAGAGGGCUGUGGAACAGCUGGUGUGGUGGGCUUCAGGACCAGAGCCAGGAGACGUGGUUCCUGGUCUAGUCCUGGCUGCACCUCUGAGUAACUGUGACCUUGGGCAAGUCACUUCUCUUUCUUUGAGCCCUGGCCUCACUGACGAAGGGUCACAGAUAAGAUGGUAUCUGAGGUCCCAGUGACAACUGUAGAUCCUCAAGCUUAGGCCCUAUCUUGUUAUCUACUGGUCUGGGCUGCAUUGUUAUCUAGGACUGGUUUGUUAGUCUGGAAGUUCUGGAACAAUGGUGGGGGCUGGGCCUACGUUCCUGAAAUUUACCCUGCAAGCCCAUCCUAGAAAGCCUUGUGCCUCGAGUGUAUUCUUUCUGACCUCUUACAUUUCUCCCUUAAUUUUUUUUUUCCUGUUCUUACCUAGAGACUCUUUUUUCCUUAUUUUUCAUGUUUCCACCUCCCCAGUCUGGCCUUUAUAAUUUAACUUUUGCAGUAAGGUGCUGAAGGUGAAGGUGCUUAGUUUUUUUGCAGACACACAGUAGGUGCUUUAUAAAUUGGAAUUACAGUGACAGACUACUAGAGCAGGAAGGAGGGUAGUUAGCUCAGCUUGCAGGUGCUAAAACAGGCUCCUGGUUCAGGAAUGUAUGUAUAACCCAGCCCUAUCUCCUUCUGCCAUUCCUCCUCCCCAGGGUCACCUACCCUUUCAUGACUGCUUUUCUUCUUCAGAGCUACCCAUUGCUAGUUUUAUCAGAUUUCAACUGAUUAAAAGUUGAGGUGGGGGAGGGGCACCCUGGGCUUGCUCUGUUCUUCAGGUACCUCCAUUCCUGCCUUUCCCUGACUCACCUACGGUGAAGAUGGUUCUGUGAUAGGAAGACAAGUACCCUUCUUUAUAGGGGCUGCCAAAAGACACACCAGUCAUUAUCAUCUCUCUUGUGCUUUCGUUAAGAUUGUUUCCCCCUUUUGUUAUGUUGGGUUUUGGUGGGGGUGGGUUGACAAUAUUAGAAAAUCAAUUUACACAGUAGCUCAAAAAUGUGGUAAUAAUUGUAGUGGAAGAGAAAUGGCUGGGAGACUGGGCAGAGCAUCACUUGUAAGCUCAGACCUGGGCUCUGACCCAGCUAUUUUGUGACUUCAAGUAGAUUUUUAGUAAGUUUCCUGGAAAAGUUAGGCUCACCCCUCACUUCAUGCCUCAGGAGGGUUCAGUGGAGGUGAGUGAGAAAGAAUUACUCUGUAUUCCUUGGGAAAAUACACUAUAGAAUGUGGAAACGCUGUUUCCAUAGCCAGGGCUUUCAGCUCAGAGUAGGUGGCUAAGCCUGCUCCGUUCCCACCAAGGCCAGCAGCACUUCAUUCGAGAAGACUUACUAAAGUCAGUGGGUUUAAAGGUCAGUAGUAAAAAGAGACCAGAACACCCAUAUGUACAGGACAUUGCGAGAGAUAUAGAAAGGAAGAAAACAGUAAGAAAAUAGUAUUUUGGGGACUUCCCUGGUGGUCCAGCGGUUAAGAAUUUGCCUGCCAAUGCAGAGGACGUGGGUUCAACCCCUGGUCCAGGAAGAUCCCCUGUGUUGUGGAGCAACUAGACCUGUGAACCACAGCUAUUGAGCCUCUGCUCCAAGAGAAGCCAAUGUGACAAGAAGCCGGGGCACAACAGCUCUCCUGCGCCAACCAAAAAUAAAUAAAUAGAAGACAGUAUUUUUGCUCUCAAAAGAUCUUAUGGCUUCACUGCAGACAGACCCUGCAAGUUCCAGGUGCUGAAAACUCGGAGAGCCUGCUUCUUGCUUCCCAGGCCGUAGCUGGGGGGCACUUAGGGUGAAGCAGAGAAGUUUCUGUAUCCAGCUGCCCGGGCAGAGGAGAAUGGGGUCUCCACAGCCUGAAGAAUGAAGACACGACAGAAUAAAGACUCAAUGUCAAUGAGGAGUGGACGGAAGAAAGAGGCCCCCGGGCCCCGGGAAGAGCUGAGACCGAGGGGCCGGGCCUCCCCUGGCGGGGUCAGCACGUCCAGCAGCGAUGGCAAAGCCGAGAAGUCUAGGCAGACGGCCAAGAAAGCCCGAGUAGAGGAAGCCUCCACCCCAAAGGUCAGCAAGCAGGGCCGGAGUGAAGAGAUCUCAGAGAGCGAAAGUGAGGAGACCAACGCACCAAAAAAGACCAAAACUGAGCAGGAGCUGCCCCGGCCCCAGUCUCCCUCCGAUCUGGACAGUCUGGAUGGGCGGAGCCUCAAUGACGAUGGCAGCAGCGACCCCAGGGACAUCGACCAGGACAACCGGAGCACGUCUCCUAGCAUCUACAGCCCUGGAAGCGUGGAGAAUGACUCCGACUCGUCUUCUGGCCUGUCUCAGGGCCCAGCCCGCCCCUAUCACCCACCUCCACUCUUCCCUCCCUCCCCUCCACCGCCUGACAGCACCCCCCGACAGCCAGAGCCUGGCUUUGAACCCCACCCUUCUGUGACACCCACUGGAUAUCAUGCUCCCAUGGAGCCCCCCACAUCUCGGAUGUUCCAGACUCCUCCAGGGGCCCCUCCCCCUCAUCCACAGCUCUACCCUGGGGGGUCUGGUGGGGGGGUUUUGUCUGGACCCUCACUGGGUCCCAAGGGGAGUGGGGCUGCCUCUUCAGUGGGGGCCCCUAGUGGGGGUAAGCAGCACCCCCCACCCACCACCCCCAUUUCAAUAUCAAGCUCUGGGGCUGGUGGUGCUCCUUCAACGAAGCCGCCUAACACUCCAGUCGGUGGUGGAAACCUACCGUCUGCGCCACCACCAACUUCCUUCCCCCACGUGACACCAAACCUGCCUCCCCCACCUGCCCUUCGACCCCUUAACAAUGCAUCUGCCUCUCCUCCUGGCCUGGGGGCCCAGCCACUACCUGGGCAUCUCCCCUCCCCCCAUGCCAUGGGGCAGAGCAUGGGUGGACUUCCUCCUGGCCCGGAGAAGGGCCCCACUCUUGCUCCUUCACCCCAUUCUCUGCCCCCUGCGUCCUCUUCAGCCCCUGCCCCCCCAAUGAGGUAUCCUUACUCAUCCUCUGCUAGCAGCUCUGCAGCAGCCGCCUCUUCCAGUUCUUCUGCCUCUGCCUCCCAGUACCCUGCUUCCCAGGCACUGCCCAGUUAUCCCCACUCCUUCCCUCCCCCGACCAGUCUCUCUGUCUCCAAUCAGCCCCCCAAGUAUACGCAGCCUUCUCUCCCAUCCCAGGCUGUGUGGAGCCAGGGUCCCCCCCAACCUCCUCCCUAUGGCCGCCUCUUAGCCAACAGCAGUGCCCACCCAGGUCCCUUCCCUCCUUCAGCUGGAGGCCAGUCCACAGCCCACCCAUCAGCCCCAACACAUCACCACCACCACCAGCAACAGCAACAGCAGCAGCAACCACCACCACAUCAUGGGGGCUCUGGGCCCCCUCCCCCUGGAGCAUAUCCUCACCCCCUGGAGAGCGGUGGUUCCCACCAUGCACACCCCUAUGCCAUGUCUCCCUCCCUGGGGUCUCUGAGACCCUAUCCACCAGGGCCAGCACACCUGCCCCCACCUCACAGCCAGGUGUCCUACAGCCAAGCAGGUCCCAAUGGACCCCCAGCCUCCUCCUCUUCCAAUUCCUCUUCCUCCUCUCAAGGGUCCUACCCAGGUUCACACCCCUCUCCUUCCCAGGGCCCCCCAGGGGCGCCCUACCCCUUUCCACCGGUGCCUCCGGUCACCACUUCCUCGGCCACACUUUCCACGGUCAUUGCUACAGUGGCUUCCUCGCCAGCAGGCUACAAGACAGCCUCCCCACCUGGGCCCCUGCCGUAUAGCAAGCGAGCCCCGUCCCCAGGGGCCUACAAGACAGCCACUCCACCUGGAUACAAGCCGGGGUCGCCGCCCUCCUUCCGAACGGGGACCCCACCGGGCUACCGAGGCACCUCGCCGCCCGCAGGCCCAGGGACCUUCAAGCCGGGAUCGCCCACCGUGGGGCCCGGGCCGCUGCCGCCCGCGGGGCCCUCCGGCCUGUCAUCCCUGCCAGCACCGCCUGCGGCCGCCGCCUCUGGGCCGCCCCUGAGCGCCACGCAGAUCAAACAGGAGCCGGCGGAGGAAUAUGAGACCCCCGAGAGUCCGGUGCCCCCGGCCCGCAGCCCCUCGCCCCCUCCCAAGGUGGUAGAUGUGCCCAGCCACGCCAGCCAGUCGGCCAGGUUCAACAAACACCUGGACCGCGGCUUUAACUCGUGCGCGCGCAGCGAUCUGUACUUUGUGCCGCUGGAGGGCUCCAAGCUGGCCAAGAAACGGGCCGACCUGGUAGAGAAGGUGCGGCGCGAGGCCGAGCAGCGCGCGCGCGAAGAAAAGGAGCGCGAGCGCGAGCGGGAGCGCGAGAAGGAACGCGAGCGCGAGAAGGAGCGCGAGCUGGAACGCAGCGUGAAGUUGGCCCAGGAGGGCCGUGCUCCAGUGGAGUGCCCAUCUCUCGGCCCAGUGCCCCAUCGCCCUCCGUUUGAGCCGGGCAGUGCUGUGGCUACAGUGCCCCCUUACCUGGGCCCCGACACUCCAGCCCUACGCACCCUCAGCGAAUACGCCCGGCCCCACGUGAUGUCUCCUGGCAAUCGCAACCAUCCGUUCUACGUGCCCCUGGGGGCAGUGGACCCGGGGCUCCUGGGUUACAAUGUCCCGGCCUUGUACAGCAGUGACCCAGCAGCCCGGGAGAGGGAGCGGGAAGCCCGUGAACGAGACCUGCGUGACCGCCUCAAGCCUGGCUUUGAGGUGAAGCCCAGCGAGCUGGAGCCCCUACAUGGGGUCCCUGGGCCAGGCCUGGAUCCCUUUCCGCGACACGGGGGCCUGGCUUUGCAGCCUGGCCCCCCGGGCUUGCACCCUUUCCCCUUCCAUCCGAGCCUGGGGCCCCUGGAGAGAGAACGUCUAGCGCUGGCAGCUGGGCCCGCCCUGCGGCCUGACAUGUCCUACGCGGAGCGCCUGGCGGCUGAGAGGCAGCACGCAGAAAGGGUGGCCGCCCUGGGCAAUGACCCGCUGGCGCGGCUGCAGAUGCUCAACGUGACCCCCCAUCACCACCAGCACUCCCACAUCCACUCUCACCUGCACCUCCACCAGCAGGAUGCCAUCCACGCAGCCUCUGCCUCGGUGCACCCUCUCAUUGACCCCCUGGCCUCAGGGUCUCACCUUACCCGGAUCCCCUACCCAGCUGGGACCCUCCCCAACCCCCUUCUUCCUCACCCUCUGCACGAGAACGAAGUUCUUCGUCACCAGCUCUUUGCUGCUCCAUACCGGGACCUGCCAGCCUCCCUCUCUGCCCCGAUGUCGGCAGCUCACCAGCUGCAGGCCAUGCACGCACAGUCGGCUGAGUUGCAGCGCCUUGCGCUGGAGCAGCAGCAGUGGCUGCACGCCCAUCACCCACUGCACAGUGUGCCGCUGCCCGCCCAGGAGGACUACUACAGUCAUCUGAAGAAGGAAAGCGACAAGCCGCUGUAGGACCUGCGAUCGAGAGAGCACCAUGCCCCUGCCUCUGGACCAAGGAGGCCUCCCUCCCCACCUGCCACUCAGAGCCUCCGGGUGCGGCCCAGGCCCCUGGCCUCGGGCCUCUGGGCAGGAGGGAGGAAGGGACAGAUGCAAGGCCGAGGCUCUUGUGGUGGGGAGGGGGUGGGUGGGGGCCGAAAGCGCACAGUAUCUUGGACCGGGUCCCUCUCCCUUGGCCCCCAACUUUCUUCCUCCCCCACGUCCAACCCACCCCUCCCCGCCCCGUGGCCGCUGCCCGCCCCCCACCCCCCACCCCUGGUGUGAUUAUUUCAUCUGUUAGCUGUGGCUGUUUUGCGUAGCAUCGUGUGCCGCCCCUGCCCCUCCCCAGCCGUCCCCCCAACCCCCGUGUGCGCACCCUCACUGCGAUGUAUGACCCUUGCCCCUCCCCCACAUUAAUAAUUUAUAUAUAUAAAUAUCUAUAUGACGCUCUUUAAAGAACAUCCCAAACGAAACCAACCAAACAAAAACAUCCUCACGACUCCCCAGGAA